CGUAAGCUCAGUUAGCGACAACAUCUUGAUUGGCAAAGUUUAAUGUCAAGUUGAAGGUAAAAAAGCCGAAAAAUUGCACAAAUUUUAUCCAAACUAUAUCAUACUACGUCAAAUCACACCGUCUCCCAACUAUUCGGUAGCAUUUCAUUUCGGUCUAUUUUUCGAUAACAUUUAAAUACUUUUUUUGAUUACGGUUUCUUUUGGUUCACAAUUAACUUCUCGUUAAAUAAAGCAAAAUAAAAAUAGGUGUAACAAUCACAACAACGACAUUGAAUUGACAAAACAAGUGAUAACUUUGAACGAAGAAAAAAAUAAAUCCGAAACGGAAAUUAAAUCGAGUGUGUGUUUGCAUCCAAAUUGAGUAAAAGUGAGAGAACAAGCUAGAAAGUUGAAAAAAAGGCGAUGCCUUAAACACAAUUGCGGCCAAACGAUAAAGGAAAACAACUCAUUGUUUGGACAAGGAUCUUCUAUUUUUAGUGGCUUGAGAAAAUGUAUUAAAAAAUCGGAGACGCAUACGCACGAAAGACUAGACGCAACGAAAGACUAGAGAAGGCCCAUAUUGGUAUACAUUUGUAACUUGACACAAACGGAAGCACACACAACACAGCAACAACAAAUAAUAACAAAAAAAAUGGAAAGCAAAAUGUUUUUGCCCGUUAAAUCAAAUAUCUCAACUGCGUCAGCGGUGAGCAAUGGGACGAUAGCUAGUGCCGAAGACAUUACGGUGACAAGCAAUUCAACACAAACACCAUGCGAUUUGAGUCCAUUGCCCAUUAAUGAUGACAUGCUGCCACAAGCCCAUCAUCAAAAUCCUGGACAUUGCAUUGCAUCAUUUGCAGCGAUCAAUCAGAUGCGACAAAAUUCUCAGCUAUGUGAUGUCAUUCUGGAGGUAAGCGGCGAGAAGAUAAACGCACAUCGUGUGGUCUUGGCCUCAGUUUCUCCGUAUUUCUAUGCUAUGUUUAAUGAUGAUAUGCUUGAACGAAAUAGUGUGACAGUUACAUUGCACGAUGUAGAUCCGAGCGCAUUAUGCCAAUUAAUUGAUUAUGCGUACACUGGCGAAAUAACCAUAAGUGAAGAUAACGUACAGGUUCUUUUGCCUGCAUCGAGCUUACUUCAAAUUCAUUCCGUGCGUGAAGCAUGCUGUAAAUUCCUGCUGCGGCAACUUCAUCCGUCUAAUUGUUUGGGCAUUAGGAGUUUCGCAGAUGCCCAUUCGUGCAAAGAGCUUCACACGAGAUCACAUAAAUAUGCACUUCAAAACUUUCAACAGGUGAUUUUAACGGAUGAGUUUCUUGACUUGCCAUUCAGCGAGGUGAACGAUUUAAUUUCAAACAAUCAGUUGAACAUUUGUUCGGAAGAGAAGGUGUUUGUUGCUGUAUUGAAUUGGCUGAAACAUGAUCUCGUCGAACGUAAACAGCACAUUGCCGAACUAAUGAGCCACGUACGUUUGCCGUUAGUUUGUCGGGAAUUUUUAAUGAGUUGUGUGGAAACCGAGAAACUAAUCAGAGAAGAUCCACAAUGCAAGGAAUUACUACUUGAAGCAAUGAAGUAUCAUUUACUACCGGAACAAAGAAGUCUGAUGACAACGCAACGAACACUUGAACGUCGACCCGACGGCAUGAAAUCGUAUGUGUUUGCUGUUGGCGGUGGUAGUCUAUUUGCAAUUCAUAAUGAGUGCGAAGUCUAUAAUCCACGAACCAAUACAUGGAUGCCAAUAUCAUCGAUGCUAUGGAGAAGAAGUCGAAGCGGUGUGACCUCAUUGCGCAAAAUGUUGUACGUGGUUGGCGGGUAUGAUGGUGUGACAGAUCUCUCAACGGCCGAACGAUAUUGUCCAAAUAAAAAUGUAUGGGAAUAUAUAACGCCGAUGGGAACGAAACGUUCAUGCUUGGGAAUUUGUUCAUUUGAUGGUUUAAUUUAUGUGGGUGGUGGUUAUGAUGGGGCCAGCUGUUUAUCGAGUUUUGAACGUUAUGAUACAUUGACUGGUGUUUGGUCAAGUUGUCCUUCGAUGAGCACAAGACGCCGAUACUGUCGUUUGGCAGUUGUUGAUAAUUGUAUAUAUGCACUUGGCGGCUUUGAUUCGAGCAAUUAUCAAGCAUCGGUUGAGAAGUUUGAUCCUCGCGAAGGAAGAUGGUCAUCCGUUCCGUCAAUGACAUCUCGUCGAUCAAGCUGCGGUGUUGCCGCCCUUGAUGGUAAUUUAUAUUGUAUUGGUGGAAACGAUGGCACAAUGUGCAUGAGCAGUGGUGAACGAUUCAAUGUGCGCCGCAAUGCGUGGGAACCAAUUACAGCUAUGCAUUCAAGAAGAUCAACGCACGAAGUGGUUGAAAUUGACAAUGCGUUAUAUGCCUUGGGUGGAAAUGAUGGUUCAUCAUCGUUGAAUUCGGUUGAAAAGUAUGAUUCACAGCUCAAUAAAUGGACCAUUGUAAAUAGCAUGGUCACUAGACGUUCAUCAGUCGGCGCUGCCGUCCUUGAAUGUUUCAACUUGGAACGUGGACUUGUGCAGACUACGAAUUUAUGACAUUUGAACAGCAUUCCAGAAUCGACAACAUCAGUCAGUGGCACGGCCACUACAACCACAACACCUCCGCUGUCUUCAUCAGUGCCGAAUACAUAACGAUUCUUUCAUCUAUUUUGUCGUUAAUCAAUCAAUUGACGGCAACCAUCUGAAAUUUCACUUUUUGUGUAUUUGUACACAUGCCACGAUAUUUUCAAUUAAUUUUACAUGAACGCGUGUCACAAUUUCUCAUUUUGUGUGCGCACAUUUUUCAUGUAACAGCACAUUUUUACUCUAAAAGAAUUUUUAACACAAUCUUUAUGACGCAUUUAAAUUCAAUGCCAACACACUUUUUGCUGAGAAAAAUAUAAAGUAGAGGAAAUAAAAAACAAACUAGGCAAAGCAUUUUAACAAAAGAAAAAUGUACAAAAUACACGUAAUUUAACAUUGAUAAUUGCCUUUUUCGGCUUAAUUUUUACAGUAAUAAAAUGAAAUUAUUUAAGAAAUGAGUGGGUAUAUCUUUGUUGACAUUCAAAUUCGACCAAAAAGAAACAAAAAUUUAAUAAAUUUAUCAAUUGAUCUAUACACUCGCA